CGAGAUCAAAAAAUAAAAAAUAUGCCAGUCAAACCGUGGCAAGAAAUCAGGGAUGCGAAGAAAGCAGAACAAGCCUCCCGAAUUCCCGCAGCAUGGAAGAUUCGCUCGGAAGAUUUCCCUCCGGAUGGAACAGUUGAUCUUCGACCAGUGGCAGCCAGCUCUGGGAUAUUGUCGACACGUGAGCUAAAGAUUACCGGAGAGGAGUAUGAUGCCACAUCCUUGGCAGGAGCCAUCGCCGAAGGGAUGUACAGUGCAGAGGAAGUUGCGACGGCAUUUUGCAAGCGCGCUGCGAUUGGCCAUCAGCUAUGCAAUACACUCACUGAGAUAAUGUUUCAGGAUGCUAUUGAAGAUGCCAAAAGACUGGACACUUAUUUCAGGGAGACUGGAAAGACCGUUGGCCCUCUUCACGGCUUGCCAAUGACAUUCAAGGAAUGCUUUCAUGUAUCUGGUUAUGAUGCCUGUAAUGGUUAUAUCUCGCGUGCUUUCAACCCUUCUACUACAACUACGUAUAUCAUUGAACUGGUCAAAGCAGCUGGUGCAGUUGUGAUUUCAAAAACCAAUGUCCCACAGACAAUGUUGGUUUGUGAAACUGAUAACAAUGUCUUUGGCCGAACAAAAAAUUCGGUGGUGAGCCAUUUAACUUCUGGUGGAAGCAGUGGUGGCGAGGGGUCGAAUAUGGCCUUCAGAGGCUCUGCCAUCGGUAUCGGAACAGAUGUUGCCGGAUCUAUUCGAAUACCAGCAGCAGCAAAUGGAGUAUAUGGUUUCAAGCCGACAUCCGGUGUCUUGCCAUUCAUCGGUUAUGCGGCGUCAGGCUACACCGGGGUCAAUUCUGGAAUACCAGCAACUCUAGGUCCUAUAGCGAAUUCAGCUCGUGAUCUCGCUCUCUUGGUUCGAGUUGUUCGAGAUGCUAAACCGUGGCUAGUAGAUCCAGCUGUGAUCCCAAAUAUAUGCGAGCAGGGAACUUCUACCAGGAAACCGAUUAUCGGAGUAGUUUCUCGAAGCGGCCUCACGCCCCAUCCACCUGUGCAGAGAGCGAUAAAAGAAGCUGCUGCAAAACUUCAAGGUGCCGGCUUCGAAGUUAAGGAUUUCACUCCGCCUAAUUUCGCGGAAAUCCGAAUUGUAACCCAACAACUCUUGACUCUGGAUUCAUUAUCUUACCAAAAAGGUGAGCUUAGCAAGGGUGGAGAACCUGUAGUUCCAUCGGUGCAUAACUUUGGUUUUUGGGACAUUCCAGGGAAGACGCAAGAAGAGACUUGGGCUUGGAAUACAAAAAGACUUGCGUUUUGUAAGGCCAUGUUGGAUCGGUGGCAGGAGGCAAAAGUGGAUGUUGUUAUAUGCCCGGCUGGGCCCUACACCGCCGUUCUUCCUGGAGGAUGGAAUCAUGACUUAUAUACAGUCACAUGGAAUGCUAUGGAUUACCCCGCAGCCAUCAUUCCAUUCACAAAAGCAGACCCGAAACUUGAUCCCAGAGACUCAUCUUUUGCCCCACUGAGUUCAGCAGAUGCGAAAAAUGAAGCAACCUAUGAUCCGCAACUCAUGGCCGGUGCACCAGUUGCACUACAGAUUGUAGGAUGUAAGUAUGGAGACGAGCAAUUGCUGAAAGAUGUAGAAACUAUUGAUAUGGUUUUGAAUGCAUCAGUGCUCUAG